AUGGAUUCUUUGCAAAAUGAGAGCAAUCAGAUUCUUCUUGGGAUCGAAAACUGCCAAGCCCAUUUGAUUUUCGAUCUCGAAACUAAACUCGGAAAUGGUGUUCGGGCAUUUUUGUAUUUCUUGGGUCUUGCUUAUUGUUUUUUCGGGUUGUCAGCUAUCACUGCCCGAUUUUUCAAAUCAAUGGAGAAUAUUGUGAAGCAUUCGCGCCAGGUGGUCGAGGUGGAUCCUGUAUCAGGAGCUAAAACCAUCAAACGUGUGAAGGUUUGGAACUAUACCAUUGCUGACAUCACUCUGCUGGCAUUUGGAACCAGCUUUCCCCAGAUUUCUUUGGCCACCAUUGAUGCCAUUCGAAAUCUCGGCAACACAUAUGCUGGAGGUUUGGGACCGGGAACUCUUGUUGGUUCUGCUGCUUUUGAUCUUUUUCCUAUACACGCUGUUUGUGUUGUAGUUCCUAAAGCUGGAGAACUGAAGAAGAUAUCAGAUCUAGGUGUUUGGUUAGUAGAGCUGUUUUGGUCCUUUUGGGCUUACGUCUGGCUUUACAUUAUAUUAGAGGUAUGGACACCCGAUGUUGUCACUUUGUGGGAGUCUUUGUUGACUGUUUUGCAGUUUGGGUUGUUGCUGAUGCACGCUUAUGCGCAAGACAAGCAGUGGCCAUAUUUAUCCCUUCCACUAGGAAAAAGUGAGAGGCCUGAGGAUUGGGUGCCUGCUGAAGAUACUACAUACGUAGAAGUGAAAGAUGUUUAUGGUGAAUCCUCUAGAAUUCUUGGGGAUGAAACAGGGCAGAUAGCUGACAUAUUCUCAAUCCAUUCAGCGAAUUCGACAGGUCUUCUAUACCACAACUUGCGUAGUAGUGAUGACUCAGAAUCAUCAUUUUCGGAUGAUCCAAAAAGUUCGGUCAUUGUUGAAAAACCUCAUUGGCUUGAAAUUUGGAAGCAGCUGUUUGUGGAUGCAUUUACGUUGGAAAGAGGAGAAUCAACAAAAUCAAACGGAUGCAUACGCUUAACAAAAAUUGUCUGGCAAUCCCUUCUUGUGCCUUGGAGAUUCUUGUUUGCUUUUGUGCCACCGCAUCAGAUAGCUCAUGGAUGGAUUUCCUUCAUUGGUUCAUUAAUCUUCAUCAGCGGAAUAGCUUAUGUUGUGACAAAACUCACGGACAUGAUAAGCUGUGUUACAGGGAUAGAUGCUCAUGUGAUAGCCUUUACAGCAUUGGCUGCUGGAACCUCAUGGCCAGAUUUAGUUGCAAGCAAGAUUGCAGCUGAAAGACAGAUUACUGCCGACUCUGCUAUUGCAAACAUCACUUGCAGCAAUUCGGUGAACAUCUACGUGGGAAUUGGUGUUCCAUGGCUCAUUGACACACUAUACAACUACGUUGCUUACAAGCAGCCACUGCGUAUAGAGAAUGCCGAAGGACUUAGCUUUUCAUUGCUUGUUUUCUUCUCUACUUCUGUUGGCUGCAUCGGAGUUUUGGUACUUCGGCGUUUAACGUUGGGUGCUGAGCUUGGGGGUCCAAGAUUUUGGGCAUGGGUAACCUGCAUUUACUUUAUGGUUCUAUGGCUCAUUUUUGUUGUGCUGUCGUCCCUCAGAGUUUCUGGCAUAAUGUGA